AGAAAAAGAUGGACAUUUCCCCCACCUGGUGGCCAAAACUUGCAAGUGAUGUAGUGGGCUUGGCCUCACGAAGUCACGGUGGAGAAACGAAAGUCAAGGCAAAGGCUGUUCCAGUAAUAGAAUCUCAGUGUGAAGCUUCUCCAGACAUCCUUAAAGGAACUUACACUGCAGUCAUGGCUUCCUCCAGCAGUCUCCUGUCUGAAGAUCAGCUCCAGUGCUCCAUCUGUCUGGAUGUGUUCACUGAUCCAGUCACGACUCCAUGUAGACACAACUUCUGCAUGGUCUGUCUCAAAGAGUGCUGGGACAGCAGUUCACGCUGCCAGUGUCCAGUUUGUAAGACAGAAUUCUCCAGAAGGCCUGAUCUGUAUGUGAACACGUUCAUCUCUGGACUGGCUGCUCAGUUCAAGAAGUCAGUUCAGGAGAAAUCCAGCAGAGGCCCACGUCCUGGCUUUCUGGUGCUCCAUGAAAUCCUCAGUGGAAAGAAAAGUCCAGCUCUGAAGUCCUGUCUGAUCUGCAAGGCCUCUUACUGCAAGACUCACCUGGAACCUCAUCAGAGAGUUUCUGCCUUUAAAAGCCACAAACUGAUGGACCCUGUGGAGAACCUGGAGGACUACAUCUGCCAGAAACAUGAGAGACCCCUGGAGCUGUUCUGUAGAAAUGACCAGACAUGUGUGUGUCGGUUCUGCACUGAAGGAGACCACAAGACUCACAGCACUGUUCCUAUAGAGGAGGAGAGUGGAGAGAAGAAGACUCAGCUGGUGAAGACCCAGGUAGAAGUUCAGCAGAUGAUCCAGGACCGACUGAAGAAGAUUGAGGAAAUCAAACACUCUGUAAAACUCAAUAAAAUAAUCACAGAGGAGGAGAAAGCAGACAGUGAGGAGGUCUUCAGAGCUCUGCUGCGCUGCAUUGAGAGAAGCCAGGCGGAGCUGCUUGAGGUGAUGGAGGAGAAGCAGAAAGCAGCAGAGAGGCAGGCUGAAGAGUUCAUUAAAGAGCUGGAGCAGGAAAUCACUGAGCUAAAGAGGAGAGACACUGAGCUGGAGCAGCUCUCCCACACUGAGGACCACCUCCACCUCCUACAGGUUUACCCGUCCCUCUGCAGCCGUCCACACACCAAGAACUGGACUGACGUCAGGAUUAACACUCAUCUGAGGGUGGAGACUCUGAGGAGAGCUCUGUCUCAGCUUCAGGAAGAGCUCAGUAAGGAGAUGGAGAAGCUUCCUGAGAUCAAAUUCAAGAGGAUUCAGCAAUAUGCAGUUGAUGUGACUCUGGAUCCUGAUUCAGCUCAUCCUGCUCUCGUUCUGUCUGAUGAUGGGAAAGAAGUCACAUGUGGAGACACAGAACAGAAUCUCCCUGAAAACCCAGAGAGGUUUGAUCAGUGUCUCUGUGUUCUAGGAAAGGAGGGGUUCUCCUCAGGGAGAUUUUACUAUGAGGUUCAGGUCAGCGGGAAGACUGGGUGGGAAUUAGGAGUGGCCAGAGAGUCCAUUAACAGGAAGGGAGAUAUUAUACCUAGGCCUGGGAAUGGAUACUGGACUGUGUGGCAGAGAAAUGAAUAUGAAACUCUCUCUGCCACCCACUCCAUGAAACAGGCUCUCCAGAAGGUGGGGGUGUUUGUGGAUUAUGAGGAGGGUCUGGUCUCCUUCUAUGAUGUUGAGGCCGGGUCUCAUAUCUACUCUUUCACUCGUCAGUCUUUCACUGGGAAACUCUAUCCAUACUUUUGCCCCUGUAACAAUGAUGGAGGUAACAACUUGAUACCACUAAUCAUCACGCCUGUUGAACAUGACUAACAUUUUUCUCUAACAGAACCUUUUUAUUAUGACAAAAACACUAUUGAUCUCUGAUAUUUUGGACUGUGUUACCAAAUGAAUGCUAAACCAAAGUGACACAUAAUUGGACCGUGUUCUCAGAUAUUAUACACGUUUAACCCUUAAUUUGCGUCACUUCUGGCCUUCAUAACUUCAGAACAGUUUAAGAUACAAACUUGAUCCACAUAUCAGGACAGUCAACAGACCCGCCCCUAACUAGCAAGUGUGUCAUUGAGCUGUGACAUCAGCAUCAGUGAGUAAUUUGGCUUGGAAAAUGCUGAUUUUAUUGCUCUGCUGUUUGCCCUUCAUAUUCCAACAAAGGGUUAAAACAACAACACGAUUCACACAUCAGAUCACUCAUCAGACUCUGCCUCACCAUCCAGAGUGAUUUCAUUCACCUGUGACCAUCAAUUAGCCAGCAGUCCAGCUCCAAAAUCAUCCAAACCCCACUCGCUGCUGUUAUACUACAUCUCUGCUUUUGGCCUUCAUAUUAUAAACAAAGGGCUUUCAGUCUGCAUUGAAUUUGAGUAUUAAAUAUAUAU